AGAAAAGAGAAAGCGAGAGAUGAAAAAGUUAAAGGAGACGGGGAAAUACUAUCGAAAAUUCAGCCCAAGGUAUACCACCGGUUUAAAGGCUUAAAAGCUCGGGGAAAAUUGGAUCAGGGAGAAUCGUCACCCAACUUUCAUUAUUUCCAAGUGGUGUGAUUGAAUUAAAGGGCAAGAUGGCGGUUUGAGCGCGAGGGCUGGGCUGGCGCGUAAUGGCGGGGUAUUAAAUUCUAAUUAGAGAUGCAGGGGAUCAAUGAUAGGGAGGUUGGACAGCCCGAUCCCCCAGUGCCAGCCCAAUAGACUGAUGAGUUAUUGUCAUGUAAAAAAGCGCUAGCAAUAAGACCCAAACGCCGUGCUAUUGUCCAAGCGGAAAGAGCCAAGUUUAUUAUGAGGACUAUAUGCUCUAGAGACCUGGGGCUAGGCGGCUCCUUGGGAGGCUUUUCAUAAAACAAGGCUCAGCUCCUAUAAAGGAGGGCAGUUUUUGAGCAGGCGCCGAGCAGUGCACAUCUACCCACGGCACGAGCCUCCUUCAAACCAGUCAAAAUUCAGCCGUCACGAGCUGAGCUCCCCAACUCCGAGCGCGCGUCGGGUUUUCAUGUGCUCCUCGCCAUUUUAAUCCAAUUUGUGUGUCUUUUUCCUUGGGAGUGCAGCUUUCCUUCUCCACUGAGCCUUUUCAAUGUAUAAAAUGGAGUAUUCUUACCUCAAUUCCUCUGCCUACGAGUCGUGUAUGGCCGGGAUGGACACGUCGAGCCUGGCUUCAGCCUAUGCGGACUUCAGCUCCUGCAGCCAAGCCAGUGGCUUUCAGUACAAUCCCAUCAGGACGACGUUCGGGGCCACCUCGGGGUGCCCGUCGCUCACCCCGGGCUCCUGCAGCCUCGGCACCCUGCGGGACCACCAGAGCAGCCCGUACGCCGCAGUUCCCUACAAGCUGUUCACGGACCACGGGGGACUGAACGAGAAGCGGAAGCAGAGGCGCAUUCGCACGACGUUCACCAGCGCGCAACUCAAAGAGCUGGAGCGCGUGUUCGCCGAGACGCACUACCCGGACAUCUACACGCGGGAGGAGCUCGCGCUGAAGAUCGACCUCACCGAGGCUCGCGUGCAGGUGUGGUUCCAGAACAGGCGCGCCAAAUUCCGCAAGCAGGAGCGCGCGGCCGCCGCAGCAGCAGCCGCCGCCAAGAACGGGUCCGCGAAGAAGGAUUCGCGAGAGGAGGACAGCAAAGAGGCCAAGGCCACCGAUCCCGACAGCACCGGCGGGCCCGGACCCAACCCGAACCCGUCCUCCAACUGUGGGGGGCCGAGCCCCAGCGGCGGACCGGUGAGCGGCUCGGGGAACGGCCCGGUGGAGCAGGGCAAGACGGCGGUGGCCGGCAUGGGAGUCACUGCACCGAGUCAAGGUUGGGCUUCAGCCCCGGGAACCAUCACCUCAAUUCCGGACUCUCUGGGCGGACCGUUCGCCAGCGUUCUGUCCACAUUACAAAGACAGAACGGAGCCAAAGCCACUUUAGUAAAGACCAGCAUGUUCUGAGUUAGAGGUAGCGACGAGCGCGAGAUUCAACAAACCAACAAGAGUUUACUCGAGUGACUGUGGGGAAAUGCCAAAAGAAGGAGAGAGAGAGAGAGAGAGAGAGAGAGAAGAAGAAAGAAGAGACGCCACCUGACUACUUUCGGUUUACACCACAAGAUGGAUGAUAAUAAUAAUAAUAAUAAUAAUAUCAUACACAUUAUGUUAACAUUGUGACCUUAUCCGGACUGUUGUGUUUUGGCUGUGGUCGACACAAGUAAACUAAACGAGAGACUGCGAUGCGCGCUCCCGCUGCAAAGAACACUCACCAAUGACUUACGAAGAUACAAUGUCAUUCUUCAAUGCCAUUAUACAUGUCAUUAUAUCUCGGCGACAUCAUUAUGUGUUUACAUUGACUCUAGCGCAAGUUCCAUGUCUGUAUUACAGAAUCCACUCUGUUAUAUAUUUUUACCUAUAAAUUGACCAAGCCUUAGAGCCAGGGGCUCUGCAAACAUCCAUCUACACAUUUACUAUUAAUCUAAGGCGAAUUGUUCUUCAAAAUGGCACAAGUACAUACUUCACUGUUGACAGGAAUACGUAAACGUUUUGUGUGUCUUUCUACAGCUGUGUUUUUGUGGCUCAGAUUGUAUAGUGUUAAAGCGUAUUGACGUCCUAGAUAAGCAUAGCCCACAUUCCCCCUUGUAGUUCAUUGAGUCUUUAUAAUGUUUUACAACUGGCGCAUUCUGUGGAGGAAAAAGGGAAUGGAUGCAAAACACUGUAUUUAUUUUCUAUAUUAUUUGCAUGUCGUCUUCUCCGUCCGAUUUUAUAAUGAUUUUCACCUAUUUUGUGAGCAUAAUGUAACACGUUUUUUGUCCAGGAUUUGAGAUUAUUUAUAUGUAGGUAAUGGAUGCUUAUAUUUAAGAAGGAAAUAUUUCUACAUGUGCACAUAGUUUUUCAGGUGUACCAUUGACAUGCUGUUGAUGAUAAAACGAUUAUGAUGCUGAAAAUAA